AGAUGUCAAAUUCUGUUUAGGAAGUUGCUUGCGAUUCUAUUUUACAAAUUUUAUCAUUCAAUAAGCUCUAUUGAGAACAGGAAACAAUUAUCAGUGAACUUUAAACUAAUAUUGGCGGCUGCACAUAGAGAAAGAACAAAGUUUUAACCAUGUGUUAUGUUAUAGUUACGGGUAGAAGUUUAGCAUGGCUUUUGUUAAGUCUUGCAGCUUUUAUGUUGAUAUUGACUGGUAUAAUGACUCCUAAAUGGUUAAUGGGUCAGCCUGUGGUCCUCAAUGAUAAUAAUGUUACAAAGUUUUAUGCUCCGAGCGUCGGUAUUUACAAUAGAUGUAUCCGCAUGAGAAAUGAUCAUAACAACUGCGCAUCAUUCUCGUUCUAUGGACUUGCUACCGAUGCUGAAGUAUACCCGACUCCAUGGAAGGCAUCUAUGUUCUUUUUAUCUCUAUGUGCAGCCAUACAAUUCGCAACAGUUUUAGCCGGUGUCAUGGCCUGUUGUGUCCAAUCUGUGUUCAAGAAAAGUGUUAUUUCAUUGGCCGGAGCCACUCAAGCUCUGGGAGGUCUCUUUGGAGUACUAGGUCUGCUCCUCUAUCCCUGGGGGUGGGGUGCUACCCGAGUGAAGAGGCUCUGUGGUGAAAACUCAGAACCUUACAUACCCGGCGACUGUUCUAUUGGUUGGGCUCUCUUUGUGACAGCUACGGGUGUUGCUCAAAUAUUCCUCGCGAGCGCUCUCUCUAAAACAGCAGACAAGGCAGCUAACUCCGAUAAGGUCCAAUUCCAAAUGGAUGAAGGCAAACAAUUGAUAUGUUUAGCUUGAAAACUCGACCUUAAACCCAGGGAAUAAGGUACAAUUUUAUUAGUAGUUAUAACCUUUGAUAUACGAUUUUGCUGCUUAUUGGCAGUAUGUACUGCUUGCUAUUUUUCUUAUGAAUGAUUGACUGAUAUUUACUAUAAUGAAUCUCGAAUUACAUCCGUCUACUAAAUGCUAUUUCAUCCCAACACCAUGGUAAUGACCAGUAUACACAUGUUUAACCGAUUACUAUUUGUCGGUUGCGCAAGCGCAUUUAUAGUUUGCGUGUGCGCAACCUGUGCCAAGCCCAACGCCACUUUAGCGCUUGUCUACAGAGAGAGAGUAGAAAUCAAAAUGUAUGGGGAUGACACUGACAAGUGUCAAAA